CUCAUCCGCCUUACAAGCGCCGCAACUCGACCACGGGAUGACAGCGCUCAGCAGUUCAGCGGCUUCAUGCACGGUCAGGCGGAAGGCUCCAUUGUGUCCGGCUUCCGAGAAUGUGCGGCGACUGGCGAUGCGAAUCGGACCAUAUUCGACUCAUGAGGCACGUUGCAAACCAGCUCGCUAUGCAAACAGGGCGCCUCAGAAGCUCUAAGC